CAUUAAUUAAAAGGCUUAUAAAUUCAUUUCUUUAUCUUUGAAAUGCCAUACAUUUUGGCUUUUUUUAAUUAUUAUUUUCUAAAUAAAACUUCUGAAAAAAUAUAUUUGAUAAUUUGAUAGACUUACUAAUUUUAGGGUUGCUAAGAUGACAGUCAGGGUGGCUGAAGCCCCCCUGAAAAGGGUCUAGAACCGCCCCAUUCUGAAGUAAAGUAUAAAAGACAGGACUCCUCAUUGACCCUCACAUAAUCUACACUGAAGUUCUGAAAGUGAAGAUUUGACAAAAGGUGAGUUUUUGUAACAUUAACUUCAGCAGUGUACAUAUGAGUGCAGAUGUGUCACUUUCCUGUUAAUUCAUUUUCAGAUUCAUCAUGGCAGUCAUGAGAGCUCUUGUGCUUCUUUUCUUGGUCUUUUCUGUUGAGAGUGCAGCCGCUCAAAAUAAAUGCCCACAUGGAUGGACACCUUUUGGUCUGCAAUGCUACAAAUUCUUCCCUCAGUUAGUUAACUGGAUCACAUCUGAGAAAAACUGUCAAUCUAUUGAUUCAAAUCUUGCAUCUGUGCGCAAUACAGUGGACAACAACUUUCUCCUGAGUCUUGUGUCUGCUGACACACAAGCUUGGAUUGGUGGCCAUGAUGGUGAAAUUGAAGGACAAUGGCUGUGGUCUGAUGGAUCUCAAUUUGACUUUAGCAACUGGUGCCCUAAAGAACCUAACAAUAAAGGUGGUACAGAGCACUGCCUGGAAAUAAACCAUACCACUAAUCGUUGCUGGAAUGAUGAAUCCUGUUUAACCACAAUGGGCUACAUUUGUGCCAAACCUCUGAGAUCAUGAAAAAUCAAUCUGUAUCAAAAGUACUAUGAUUGUACAUGCCUAUAAAUGUUUCUGAUCUUAUCUUUAAAAAUCUCUGAAAUUAUCUUUUUAAAUAACUAAACCUUUCUGAA